GUCGCAGCCAAUUUGCAGACUCGCAAAAUUUCUUCCGGUUCAGAAGUGUCCAGAUCUGGCGCGCCUUGCUCCGCCUCGCUCCGCCUGGCCACGCCUUGCAACGCCUCCUCACGCCUUCCCGGCGCUAAACGUGCUACUCGCGAAACAGCCGACCGCCUCGGGCGAUUUCCUGCCGCCUCGCUCCGACGUGCUCGCCGACGCGCGCGAAGGCAUGCCUUUGAAAACACUGGUUGUGAUAUAUCUUGGAUGAUGGUUCUGGAUAUCGCAUAGUUUUUGCCAGUGUAGGCUUUUCUUCAUUUAUUUUUUCAUUUGGCUCUCCACGAGGGUUCAUUUGGCUGUACAUCUUGAUGGAUAAGGAAGACAAUGGUACUGGUGAUCAUGAAGAGGCUUCACAGUAUGCAUUUGCUGUGUGCCUUGAAGAAGACAUGGAAGAAGAUGUCGAGGAUGAUGAAGAGGAUGAAGAAGACGGGGAAGUGGACGAAGAGGAUGAGGAUGAGGAUGAGAAUACUUUCAGUUUCAAAGAUGGGGUUAAUCCCUUGGAUUUUGUGGAAGACGAUGCUUUUGGUGACCAAGUUUAUGAGCAGUUUGUGGGCAUGGGUUAUGAGGCUCUAGCUGAAAGAAAGAGAAAAGCACUUGAGGAUAGUCGGCCUGAAGGUUCUGUUAAGAAGGCCAGGCAUGAGGAUGUUACUGGAGCAAGCAUGGAGGAAAUAAUGGAGGCCAUGAAUUAUGGUAUGCAAAGGAGAACAAGGAAGCCCAAGAAAAAAGGUAGACGGAAAGGAUCAAAGAAGAAACUUACUCCUGAGAUUACUCGAAGGCUUGGUGAAGCUACUCUUCACUAUGUACAUGGACGUUAUGAAGAGGCCAUACCCAUCUUGGCAGAAAUUGUUAAGCAGGCACCAGAUUUGUCCGAGACGUAUCAUACACUUGGACUUGUCCAUGAUAGUCUUGGUAAUGAAUUGAAAGCCUUGAAUUGCUUCACAAUUGCUGCACUUUUAGCACCAAAGAAUCCAGCUCUUUGGGAACUGCUCUUUGGCUGGUUCAAUAGACGAGGCGACACUCAUAAAGCCAUUUAUUGCCUUUCAAGAGCAAUAUCAGCAGAUCCUAAAAAUAUUGACCUGAAAUUGGGUCGUGCUUCACUCUAUGUUAAGCUUGGAGAUUAUCAUAAAGCUGCUGCAUCGUAUGAACAGAUAGUACAAGCCUGUCCUGAUAAUGUUGAAGCACUCAAGACAGGAGCUGUGAUGUAUGACAGAAGUGGUCAGCAUGAGCAUUCUAUUCAUAUUCUGGAGGCUUAUCUCAGAGAUCAUCCAACCGAAGCUGAUCCUAGUGUCAUUGAUCUGCUAGCUUCCAUACUUAUGGAAAAUAAUGCACAUAAUGAAGCAAUUCAGCAUAUUGAGCAUGCACAACUCGUAUUCUGUUCAAAUAAAGAGAUGCCUUUGACAAUGAAAAUUAAAGCAGGAAUCUGCCAUGCUUACCUUGGAAAUAUGGAGAAGGCAGAAACUCUCUUUAGUGCUCUUGAACAGCAGAGUGCAGAUCAGGCUGACUUGAUUGCUAAAGUCGCAGACUCAUUUAUGAGUCUUGGGCAUUAUAGUUCUGCAUUGAAGUAUUUUUUAAUGUUGAAAGGAAACACCAAAUAUAAUAAAGGCUUUUUACAUAUGAAAAUCGCUCAAUGUCAUUUGUCCUUGAAUGACAGAGUACAGGCAAUUUCGUGGUUCUAUGAAGCUGUAAAGACACUUGAAGAUAAUAUUGAGACCCGAUUAACAUUGGCUUCUAUUCUUCUUGAGGAAGCCAGAGAAGAUGAAGCCAUUUUGUUGCUAUCUCCUCCAAAAAAUCUAGAUCGCUUUGAAGCCCAAACAAAUAAAUCGGAACCAUGGUGGUGUAAUGGAAAAGUGAAACUGAAGCUUUGCUACAUUUACAGAGCUAAAGGGAUGCUCAAGGAAUUUGUCGAUGCAAUCUAUCCUUUGGUACAUGAGUCGUUACGUAUCGAAUCUCUUCAGCAAAAGGUGAAAGUGAAAAAGAGGCUCACAAAAAGUGUUCUGUUAGAAAGAGUGAAAGUCCUGGAUGAUCACCAAACAGAUAACCUAUUAUGCAGAUCUAGACCAGUAGCUCCUGCAUCAGAUCUGCUGAAAGCUGCCAGAGCGAAGAAGUUGCUUCAAAAGAAGGCAAAAGUAAAGGAAGAAAAGAGAGCUGAGGCAAUGGCUGCUGGAGUUGACUGGCAAAGUGAUGAUUCAGGUGAUGAUCCUCCAGAAGAAAUACACCAAGAACCUCCCCUUCCAGAUCUUCUCAAGGAUAAAGAGAAUCAUGGCCUUAUAAUAGAUUUGUGCAAGUCACUGGCUUCCUUGCAUAGAUAUUGCGAAGCAUUGGAGAUUAUAAAUCUUGCUUUGAAAUCAACUCGCAACAUGUGUUCUGUUGCAGAGGAACUCCGGUCUCUUGGAGCUCAAAUUGCAUACAACACUCCGGAUCCUGAGCAUGGGGUUGACUGUGUAAAAUACAUUGCAGACCAGCAUCCAUACAGCAAUGCUGCCUGGAACUGCUAUUACAAAGUAAUUACCAGAUUAGAUGACUGGUACGCGAGGCAUUAUAAGUUUCUACGUGGAAAGCGAGACAAACUCAAAGACUGUGCACCUCCGAGUAUCAUUUCUGGGCAUCAUUUUACUAAAAAGAGCCGUCAUCAAGAUGCUGCAAGAGAAUACCUUGAAGCUUAUAAAUUAUUGCCAGAGAAUCCCCUGAUUAAUCUGUGUGUCGGUACUGCCUUAAUCAACUUGGCCCUUGGACACAGACUUCAGAAUAGGCACCAGUGUGUUGCACAAGGCUUAGCAUUCCUCCACAAAAAUUUGCAGCUUUGUGAAUUCAGCCAAGAGGCUUUUUUCAACAUAGCCAGGGCGUACCAUCACGUCGGUCUUGUGACACUGGCAGCUUGGCACUAUGACAAAGUUCUUGCAAUGCAUGUGAAGGAUUACCCCAUCCCAAAACUUCCCCAUGAAAAGCCAGAGUCUGUUGAAAAUCGAUCACCGGGUUACUGUGACCUUCGCAGAGAAGCAGCUUUUAAUUUGCAUCUUAUAUACAAAAAGAGUGGAGCAGUUGAUCUCGCUCGACAGGUCUUGAGAGAUCACUGCACUUUCUGAAUAAUCAUGUUCCUGAUCUCAGAUAUUGUGACUGAAUCGAAUGAGAGGGUGGCCUCCUACUCCCUAGUCUAGUUCUCUUGAAAAUGCCUGAUUAUUGUUUGUAUCAGCAGUUCAUUUUGGCCUAACACAGCCAAAGACAGCGAGGGAAACACUAAAGAGAAAGGCUUGUGAUGAACUCAGCAAUUUGCCUGUCACAUUUUUGAAAGCCAGUGCUAAAUCCUUUUUUCUAAUCAGAUGCUAAAGCCUUAUCUAAUUUUGAAACUUUGGAGUCUUGAUUUCUGACAGGGUGUACCUAUAACAUUGAGGUGCUGUGACAAGUGUUCUACAUACAAGCCUUCCAGGGUUCAUCAGGUUGGGUAUGCGGAAGGUGUGUUUUAAGAGUGGCUCAUUACUUUCUGUGGAUCAUUAACUUUGUUGGUUAUUCGAACAAUAAGCCCUUUUUUAUGCUUGCCUUGUGUGCAAGUUAGGAAGCUUGUAUUCUACAUUAAGUUCAUGGAGCAAAGGUUUUAGCUUAUCCAGCAGAGGAGUGCUUGUCUUCAUAAUCUCAUAAACCAGGUUCUCUAUGUUUGUGAUUGCUAUAGAAAUGAAAACAAAGUAAAAUUGUAUUGAAAUUUGAUAUGUUUUUUGAAAAAACAAAAAUUUGGAAUUGAAAUGAUGUUGGACCUGUUGUUUGAA